GGUUUCCUGGGAACGAAACUAUAGCGUAAAUUCUUAUAAUCAUGUGCUUAGCUAUUUAUCAAUUUUAACUAAUUACCCCUUAUAGUUUAACUUCAAAACAAUUUAAAACAAUUUUAUUAUUGUCUGAAAGAAAAUGGGUUCAAGGUUAAUAAUUAAAAAUUUUCCUAAUGAAUUUUCUGAUAACGAUAAAAAACAAUUUCUCCUUUUGUUUGGUGCUGAAGAGAUUGUUUGCAUGUCUCAAUUUGGAAAAAUGAAGAACAGUUGCUUUGCAUCGUUUCAAAAUCCAUUUUUAGCAAAACAAGCUCUUGAAUCUUUACAUCAAUUUGAACUUCUAAGUCAAAAGUUGGUUGCUGAGUAUGCUAAACCACAUCUUACUAAAAUAGCAAAUAAGCUACAAAGUAAGAUAAUUUUAGACUAUACAGAUAAGAAAGAUAAAUCGGAAACUGAAAUCCAAGUAAUAGAGGAGGAGGAACAAAAUGCUGGUAUUUGUCCAAAACUUGGUAUAACCCAUGAAUUUCCUAAGCAUUUAAGUUAUCAAUAUCCAGAACCUAAUGUUAUGAUUUUGACAAAUAUUGCAAACGCUUUAGCCACAAUACCUAAGUUUUAUAAUCAAGUAUUACAUUUAAUGAAUAAAAUGAAUCUUCCUCCCCCAUUUUCAGGACCUACUUUAGCACCUCCAAUACCUGGCGAUUCCAUACAGCUUCAAGAUGUUUGUGUUGAUACAAGCGAUUUACAUAGUUUUCUUUCUAGUGGUGAAUCUGAAUUAGAAAGUGACUCAGAAAAUGCAACUAAACCAGCAAUAUAUCAGGUUAAUCAAGUUGGUAGCGGUCCAUUACGUAAACGCAAGAAAUUAAAAGCCCUUCCUUCUGUUGAACAAGAAAAGUUUAACAUCUUAAAAAGUAAGGCUCCUGAAUCUAUUGAAAAUACAUUUGAACUAACAUCCACAACAAAACGAUUUGAGUUUAAACUUGCAGCAAGUAUUCAAGAGGUUGUUGAAGGCAGAAAACAACCACAAGUAAGCUAUAAUGUAUUUGAUGAGCGUGGUGAAUUCGGAAAGUUGCAACCUUUAACAAAAAUUGACUCUGAUGAAAGUUCUGAAGAAGAAAAAAGUAAACAAAAAUCAUAUAUUUCUUCUUCUCAAUUAAAAGAAAAUCGAAUUUCUGCUGAAGAAAUUCUUGCUAUGACUCAAUUUAAAAAGUAUACAUGUGGUGAACGAACAAAUAGACUAUAUAUAAAAAAUCUUUCAAAGCAAGUACAGACUGAUGAUUUACUGUUUAUAUUUAAUCGAUUUAUUCGUCAUUGCUCUGAAGAAGAAAAAGCUUUAUUAGAUAUUAGAUUAAUGCAAGAAGGAAGAAUGAAAGGACAAGCUUUUGUCACUUUUCCUAACGAAACAAUAGCAGAAAAAUCUCUGAAACAAACACAUGGUUACAUUUUACUAGGUAAACCAAUGGUAGUUCAGUUUGGUAAAGCAAAAGAUCAAUAAUAUAUAUAUAUAUAUAUA